AGUGCAACACGGAAACUCUUCCGCCGAUGGUUUCGGAGAGCGGAGAGGCGGCUGGUGGCUGUGUUCACGAUGUCGGGCAGAAAGCCCCGGUCGGUGGCAAACCCUCUGGAGUCUGCGAUCACCACACCGAGUGAGAGGAUACUGAAAGAAUGCCACAGUUUAUAUGUCGACAGCGAAAACGGCCUGGUGAAGAUUGCCAGCAGCCUCGGAGUCCGACUCCUUCCUCCCAGAAAGAAGAUCGUUGUGAUGAUUAUGGGUAACCACUCUGCAGGGAAGAGCUCCUUCAUUAACUGGUAUGCGGAGGAGCACAUACAGAAAGCUGGCGUCGCCAUUGAAACACAGGGCUUUACGUUCAUCACAAGCGGUCGCAAAAGAGAGUCACUGACGGGCAAUGCAACGCUACAUCUCUAUCCUCACUUUCGACCACUCCUUGAGUUCAAAGGUGUUAUGGACUAUCUUUCUGCUGAGAUCUCCACCUCCAAGCAGAAGAAGUUCAGUCUGGUGACGUUUGUGGACACACCGGGUUUGGUGGACGGAGACAUGGUCUACCCUUUUGAUGUCAACAGCGCCAUCACAUGGUUGGGAGAACAGGCCGACUUGGUAUUUGUGUUCUUUGACCCAAUGGGCCAGGCGCUCUGCAAACGCACACUCAACAUUGUCGAGAAGCUGAGUGAGAAAUGUGGAGACAAACUGUUGUUCUACCUCAGCAAGGCAGAUGAAGCCGGGAAGGAAACAGACAGACAGAGGGUGAUGAUGCAGAUAGUCCAGGAGCUGUGUCGCCGUCCAGGUCUCAAUAAAUGUGGUUUUGAGAUGCCUACAAUAUACAUCCCCAACCCACAGAGGCCGAGCCGCUGUGUGAACCAGAUCCAUGGGGUGUGUCAGACCAUCGAGAAGACCAUCAACCAGGCCGUUCAAAAGACUUUGGAUCAGCUGGAGAAAGACUGUGACCUUAUUUGUUCCACCAUCAGCAGCAGACUAGAGCAGGACAGGGCUGAUGUCACUCACAACAAAAGCGUCCGUCUUCACUCGUUCUUGUGUGGCGCUCAGGGCAUUUUCCUCCCGGUCCUCUUUGUCCUCAGUUUCAUUGUGAACACCUUCUCUAGAGAUGAGCUAAAUGAGCUGCUGGGCGAAGGCCCGGCUCGGACCCUCUCCAUCUUCACAGGAUUAGUGAUAUAUUUAUGGGACUGGAUACCAGAAGAUGGACAAGUAGUGUUUGUCAUCAUUUUUGGAGCUUUUUGCUACCUCCUGCUUUUCCUAGCAAAGUAUUUUGCCGGCCGAGGGAAUAAGACUCUGACGAAGAAAGAGAAGAGGACGAUGGCAGAGUACAGUGGCUAUGUCCAGGAUAUCGUCAAAACUAAGAAGGGGAAACUGUAUGAGUGGUACCUCCAGCUGUGUGCAGCAGAAUAUGACCUCUGACCUGGGUAAGCUGAAGGCGGUUUACGCGCCCCUUUUGGCAUUUUACUUCAAGAUGAUUGUGAAUAUGGGAAUCAGUGGGACUUUUUAAGCAGAUGAUGAUCCACCAAAUGAUCAGGUUUCUCUCCUCUUUGUCGGGCAUGUGCGACCUCUAAAUGCAGCAGAUAUCUAUGCCAACAUGUAGCAUCUCUUCCAUUAAAGUAGACGUGCCUUUAUUAGUUAGUACAGGAAAAGCAGUGAUUAGUUAGUCAUUUGAUUAAAACAAUUUAAUAAUGUGAAUUUUUUUUUUCUCAGUAUUUUAGACCAUGACAGUUGAUGCCAGAAAGAAGUGUUUACAACCUUUUUUUUUUCUUCCUAAUUUGUUCAUGAGUAAGUUUCAGCUGCUUUCUGCCAGGCGACCGUCUGGCAGCCCGUUCUCAAUGUCGUCAUGUAGUCGAAGUCCACAAGUCUCACAGCACCGUCCUCAAGUCACGCUGUCUUUACCGCGUGGUAGAAAGUCCUAUACUUGUGUUUGACUGUCACACUACAACAAGCAAUGCUGUCAGAACACGUGCGCGUUAUGGACACUUUUCAUACCAAUAAGUAGCUUUCUCCUGCCUCCAAAGCGUCUCUGUCCAUGUUUGUGUUGUUGUGUGAUUUGUGCAGCCAUCAGUAUUAUAAUUGAUGAAUUAUUCUCAUUUGAUAGUACUUACAAAAACCACAGUCAAGACCUGUGAUUGAGGUACUUUAGGUUAUGUUACAACAGAACAGUAAAACUGGUGAGCAGUGAAGUGUGUGUGUGUAACUCCUAGUUGGUAAUGAACGCUGCACCCUUCAUGCUGUCGACAGACACGUGGAACUUAAAUCUAGCUGUAUGACUACACCAUGUACUGCCUUCACUCCAGUUUUUAUGGGAAUAUUUAUUCUUCUUCAAGGUGCUUUUUACCCAAAUAAUGUAGAAAAACCUCAACGGGCAGUUUGCAAUGUCAUUGUGAACACUGUGUGUGUGUCUGUGUGUGUGUGUGUGUGUGUUAGAGAUAUUUCAUUUAUCUAUUUGUGGAACUUGUAUGUAUGUAUGUAUGUGAAUUCAUCUACUCUGGGUAAUUCUUCUAAAAAUAUUUGUAUUGUAUGAAAGUGAGGCUCAACUGAUUAGAUGUUUUUAUGUAAUCCCGACUCAAAGAAUGAAACUCCUGCAAACUAUGCAAUGUCACUUCCUUGAAAAUUAUUAAACAUUUUCUACUGACUUUCACUCGA